AUGGCGAAAAGAUCAGCAUGUAAACAAUACUCCGAAGUGGCUAUCACAUCAUGCAUCCGAAGCAUAAAAGCUGGAAAAUCAGUUUAUGCCGGAUGCAAAGAGUUCGGGAUACCCUUCUCCACCAUUCGAUACAGACUAAGUGGCCAAUGGCAACAAAAAUUCAAGCCUGGACCACACUCGGUGCUAUCAACAGAGGAAGAAAAUAAAGUUGUCACAUGGCUUUGUGGGAUGCAGGACCGCGGAUUUCCUGUUACACGUGAAGCGCUGAUCUUCAAAAUAGCAGAGUUUCUGUCAGCGAACUCACGGGAGAACCCAUUCAAGAAUAAUCGACCAGGACGAAAAUGGUUUAAGGCUUUUUUGCGACGUAAUCCAGGAUUUUCUCUCCGAACACCGGAACAAGUAUCAACCGCAAGUGGGCGAGUCACCGAAAAUGAUAUUCGGGGUUGGUUUGAGACAGUGGACAACUGGUUGAUGAAGAAUGAAUUGCGUGAAGUACUGGAGGAUCCGACACGAGUGUUCAAUGGGGAUGAAACAUCGUUUUACCUUCACCCCAGUACAAAGGAGGUUAUUGCGCGGACAGGAUCCCGCAAUGUUUAUGAAAUUGAACAGGCAGCUGGAAAGCAAAAUGUCACUGUGAUGUUUACCUUCGGAGCAUCUGGAGUUGUCCGGUACUACCAACCUUUUCGUACCAAUCGAAUGUGUGGAGAGUGGAAGAAAGGGAAGGAGGACGACGAGUGA